UUUUACAACUACGCAUUUGUAAGUCAUUCGAAGAGGAAGCAGAAUGACGCAUUUUGAUGACAUAGAGUUGAAAAAUGCCUUUCAAAGUAAUGGACAAGGAGUGGACAAUGCUGGAUUUGAGGCUGAGGAGGAAACAUCAGAUCACAAUAGUGAGAGAGUGAAUGAAUCAGAAAAAAAGUCAAAAUCAUUUGCAAGUAAAAUAUUCAAACCCAUCGUGGCUACUGAAAACUGCUUGAAGGCUCACUCCCGAAUCUUCAAAUACAUUGCCCUGGGGAUACUUACUGCAGGCUAUGUGGCAUACUUUGUUGCUGCUUGCUGGAUGAACUUCCAGAAUGCCAUUGCUCUUGUAGUCCUUACCAGCAUGGGAGUGUUUUUCACAUUGUAUGAAUUCAUAAAAAGGUCUAAAGGAGAGACUAUAAAACACUUCUUAAAACCUGCUGUUAGCUGCUUCAAAACCAACUUAAGGUGGAUAAAAUGGUGUUUUAUAUUAGUAGUGCUAGGUCUGUUGGUGGCCUGGAUUACAGUUGACACAAGGCAUAACCCUGAACAGCUCAUUUCAUUUGGUGGUGUCUGCCUCUUUGUCCUUGGCUUGUUUAUCUUCUCUGCAAAAAGAUAUGCAGUGUGCUGGAGGACAAUCUUCUGGGGGCUUGGUUUACAAUUCAUCAUGGGCCUGUUUGUCAUAAGGACUAAGCCUGGUUUCAUAGCUUUUAAAUGGCUCGGAGCACAAAUUCAGACAUUUUUAAACUAUACCCAUGCUGGUUCAUCUUUUGUGUUUGGCAGUCUGGUAGAAUCAGGCAUCUUUGCAUUUCAGGCUUUGCCUAUAGUGAUAUUUUUCAGCAGUAUUAUGUCAGUACUCUACUUCCUUGGUGUGAUGCAAUGGAUUAUCAUUAAGAUUUCCUGGAUAAUGCAGAUAACAAUGGGAACCUCUCCUACAGAAUCACUGAGUGUUGCAGGGAAUAUAUUUGUGGGACAGACAGAAGCACCAUUGCUGAUUCGUCCCUAUUUAAAAGAUAUGACCAAGUCUGAGAUUCAUGCUGUCAUUGUUGGCGGUUUUGCUACAAUUGCAGGCAGUGUUAUGGGAGCUUUUAUUUCAUUUGGGAUUGAUGCCUCAUCUUUGAUAGCUGCCUCUGUAAUGGCUGCUCCAUGUGCAUUAGCCCUGUCCAAGCUCUCAUAUCCAGAAACAGAAGAGAGCAAGUUUACAUCUGAAGAUAGCAUCAAAGUACAUGGCGGUGGUGAACAGAAUAUACUCGAGGCUGCUUCUAGUGGAGCAUCUGCAUCUGUUGGGCUUGUGGCUAACAUAGCUACCAACCUAAUUGGAUUUCUUGCCAUUUUGGCUUUCAUCAAUGCAGCUUUAAGCUGGCUAGGGGGAAUGGUGGGAUAUCCAGAGAUCACAUUUGAGCUCAUCUGCUCCUACGUAUUCAUGCCAGUAGCCUUCAUGAUGGGCAUACCAUUUAAUGAGUGCUUCAUUGUGGCUGAACUUAUUGGCACAAAACUGUUCCUCAAUGAAUUUAUAGCUUAUGAGAAGCUUUCAAAAUUGAUAAACAAUCGAUUAAACGGCAUCAAUGAAGUGGGAAAAUACAUUUCAGUCAGAUCCGAAAUCAUCAGCACCUAUGCCUUGUGUGGCUUUGCCAACUUCAGUUCACUUGGAAUUGUGAUUGGAGGCAUGUCAUCCAUUUGUCCUUCAAGAAAAAGUGACAUUUCUGCUAUAGUGCUAAGAGCUUUACUUACAGCCACUUGUGUGUCCCUGGUUAAUGCUUCCAUUGCUGGCCUUCUUGUUCUUCCUGAGAUAGAUUGUAUAGAUGUUUUUAAAAAUGCUGUCUUCAACACCACUGAAAUUAAAAUCCAAACUUGUUGUUCUGACCUCUUUGAAAGUACUGUGAAGAAUGAAACAGUGAUUUCUUUCGAGGGUUCUUGGAGCAUGGUGAAAAAUGCUACACUUUAUUUCACAGAGUGCUGUCAUCUUUAUAAUGAAACUGUUUGCAUUUAGAAAUGUUAAAAAGUAAAAAAAAUGCAUUGAAUGUACUGUACUGUUUUACAUAGUACAUUUUGUUGCAAUUUUCAGUUUGAGUGGGAUCAUAUUCAAUAACAUAUAAUAUGUACAUCAGUGUAAAGCAUUUAUGUUGUUUGAAUGAUAGCAGUUAAAGUGUGUUUUGUAUUGUAGUAUUGUUAUGUAAUCAGUAAGAUUUACAAGAAAGUUUUAGAGCUGGUACUAUUCUUAAACUUAAAUGAUUUAUUAUUAAAUUAUUUUACACUGAUUAUAAAUUUUUUUUUUCUCAACAUGGCAUAUUUAUUGCCAUCAAGACAAUAGAUACUAGUUAUAACAGUAAAAUUACAGUUAAGUGAUUUGAUACUCUGUAGUGACAGGAAACAGUAUAAAGCAUUUACUGAAAAUAAAUAAAUAACGUUGUCAAGGCAGUUCUGUGUGAGAGACCUGUUGCAUUGACAAUUCACUCUUAUUUUAUUCAGCAUGGCCAUUUCUUGUCCUGAGAAUUUUUGAAGUAAAAAUAGCCAAAUCA